AUGUCUAAGACGACGUACGAGAUCAUCAACGAUGUUGUCAGCGGGUGUCUAGCACUUGCAAUAUCUGUAGUGGGCAUUCCCGCCAACCUGGUCACGUGCCUGGUGUUCUGGCGUCAGGGUCUGCGAGACCGGAUGAACCUCUGUCUCUUCUGUCUGGCUGCCGUGGACCUGCUGUACCUGAUGCCCGUCCUGAGUGUCGGACCAUUUCUUCACCUCGCCAAUAAUCCUCACGCCCAGGAAUACACUUUAAAGAUUCUUAAUGUGGGUCUUGGCUAUGUUGUUGUCCCUCUCGAGUAUAAUGUCGUUAACAUUGAAGUAGGCGGAAUGGUGGAAUGGCGGCUUGUGCCGACACAAUUGUUUCUUGAAAACCAGGAGUUGUUUCGGACUAUAGAAAUGUCAGUCCUGACAGCAUCACUGCCACUCAUUACCUUUUUCGUAGUGUUCAUCACAGCAGUCAUCACCGUCAUCAAGCUGACAGCAGCGGCCAAGUGGCGAAGAAAGACGAGUUCCACGUGCCGCAAGAAAUUAGGCUACACUGUCAUCCCCCUCAUGUAUCACGUGGCCAGCUACGACGUUGAUGGAAGGAAGCGAUGGCACUACGUGCCAACACAGAUGUUUCUCGAUAACAAAGAUCUGUUUGAAACGGUGGAGUUGACGGUCCUGACAGUGUCACUGCCAAUCACCACGUUCCUCGUGGUGUCUGUCACAGCUGUCAUCACAGUCAUUAAGCUGACAGCAGCGCUCAAGUGGCGAGAGAAGACGAGUUCAACGACAAGAGAGAAGGUGGGUCGCCAGACGGCGCUGACUAAGAUGAUUCUUCUCGUCUCUGUCAUCUACAUCUGCAGCAUGCUUCCCAGCGUGUCGCUCUCCAUCACCCGGCUGCUUGUUGACGGCUUUUCACCUGAUGGCGGUUACUACAACCUGUUCAUGGGAACCCACAUCGUCGCCAACGUUUGCCCUAUGGCCCACAGCGCCUCCAACUUCUUCGUUUAUUACAGCCGGUCGUCGCGGUUCAAAUCUUCCCUCGCUGACAUGUUUUAA